AUCACCCAGGCCCCGUCAUGGCGGGCGCGACUGUUUGUUACGAGUACCGGCCGUUAAAAAGACCGAGACUGGGCCCUCCAGACGUCUAUCCACAAGAUCCGAAACAGAGAGAGGAUGAACUCACUGCCACAAGUGUUAAACAAGGAUACAACAACCAACCCAACUUCUCAGAUGAGCAUGGAACAGCCAGGAACUGUAACAUAGACACAUCUAAGUUCGGCGAGGCUUUUGCAGCAAUCCUCGCUGAGAAACAGAAGCUGAACACACUGCAAGAACCAGGGAGGAAGAAACCACCUAUCAAUGCUAAAGACAACUUCUGGCCGGUAACUGCCCGUUCUAGGAGUGCCAUCAAUGUGUGGUUCCAAGACUUGGCAGGCCAAAAACCUCUCAUGGCCCUGUCUAAAAAGGUGCCGAUAUUUAACAAAAAAGAGGAAAUCUUCUCAUUCCUGUGUGAGUAUUCCGUCCCGUUACUGCGUGCGACCUGGUUUGUGAAGAUGACCUCGGCGUACUAUGUCGCCAUCUCGGAAGCCAAGAUAAAGAAGCGACAAAUGAACGAUCCAAGCCAAGAAUGGACCCAGGCCAUGACGCGGUUUCUGAAGGAACAGCUGAGUAAGAUCAGCGAACAUUACCAGCAGACCCCCCCUCCCGCAGGGGGCUCCCAGUCCUGCUCCAACCUGCUGGGCACCAACGGACCAACCAUGAGCCAGGACACAGAACAAGCCAUGAAACUCUGGCAGUACAACACCAGGCUCACCUUCUACUUGUUUCAGGAGGGCCUACUUGACCGACAGGAACUGCUGACUUGGCUGUUGGAUUUGCUGGACCGUACCAAGUCAUCGGACGACAGCAUGCUGCGGCUGUUCCUCCCGAUGUUACUACAGUACGUGGACGACUUCGUGCAAUCCCAGCAGCUGAGCCGUCGCCUUGCGUACACAUGUGCGAAGAAGAUCGCCAUCAUGUGCAGCGACUCCCCCUGUGCAAGCGCAGCCCUCAACAACCAGUCUUCUGUAGGACAGGGGUCUGCCAACCCUGUUUCUGCUGUGUACAGUGAGGUUCAGCACUGUUGUCAUCACAGAGCUGUGGUUCUAGGUUUGAGCUGUAUCCUACAGACUGUCACCUUGUGCUGUCCCACUGCGUUGGUGUGGAACGGGGUGGGAGAGUCCAAGUCUAGUGCAGUGACGGGGUCCCCACUGGACAUCCUACCCUGUGCACCCUCCAGUCUACCUCUCCCAUCCGGGUUAGCUUCAGCAGCCAAUCAGAUCCGCAGUAACAUCCGGGCGCGGGAAGAUGAGAUCAGACAGCGUGGCCAGGCGGCGGAGGUGAAGUGGUCGUCGGACAAAUGUCAGCAGUCCAGAACAGGGUCAACCAUCAGUGCCAUGCUGACCGUCCUAGAGAUUCUGGACAAGCACACGUUUGACCGGAUGGACUCCAACAACUCACUGGACACCCUCUACAACAGGAUAUUUGGUAGCUCCCAUGGCAAAAAUGGUGCUGAGUGUUCGUCCAACAACGAUGCCAUCAUAGACUUGCUGUGUGAGUGGGGAGUGACCACUAAGAGAGCGGGGGAGCACAGGGCCAUGGUGGUGGCAUAUCUGCUGGAAAAACAACAGGUGGAAAUGGAGACAGAGAGGUUGGGUGAAAUGGAGACUAUGGAUGAGAAAGAGUCCAUCUCAUCUGCAUCGUUAAGCAACAACGGUCUGCCCCCAUUUCAACAGCUGCUCAUGAGGUUUCUGGACACCAAAGCUCCCAUGCUAGAUAAUGGUGAAGAAAUCAGCGACGAGGAACGCCAAGCCUUCGCCAACCUGGUUCUACUGUUCAGCGAGUUGAUACGCAGCGAAGUCUUCUCCCACGAUGCCUACAUGUGCACGCUGAUAUCACGGGGUGACCUGCUGCACACCCCUACUGACUCAGAAAUGGUAGCUCCCAGUCCAAUGCCUGAUGGGAAGGGGGAACAGGGACACAGUAAGUCGGAGAAGUCGAGCUCCCACCUGGAGAGACUGUUACAGACAGACCUGGAGUCAGACCUGGACCAGCUGGACCUGCUACAUCCUGAGGUAGAACCUGUGGACCAGGAGGAGGAAAAGGAAACCAAGAUGGAGACAGAAGAAGAUAACAGCAAGAGUUCUGCGCAGCGGCAGGAACAGAACAAGUCCCUGCGACACAUCCAGUACGCGCGUAACUUCCCGCUGCCUCACGACAACUCCGCUCACGAGCACAACCAGCGCCUGGUGCUGCUGUACGGGGUCGGGAAGGCUCGCGACGAGGCCAAGCAUCAGGUGAGAAAAAUGACCAAGGAGAUCCAGAAGGGUCUAAACAAGCUGGGAGGAGUGGAGAAGAAGGAGGAGAGCAAGAGUAAGAAACAGAGCAAGUCUGACACUCCUGUGGACCUACGGGGGCUGAAGGAAAAGGUCCAGCAGCUGACGUAUUUUGACCAGCACACGGUGACCCACACGUGUACACACCACAUCCUGGAGAUGGUGUCAGGGUUCCUAGCAGGGACCAAUGCCCACCUCCCCCCUAUAGAGCACAUUACCUUUGUACUGGACCUCAUGGAGCUGGCACUCAACAUACAUGGGCUGCUGGACUUUACUAUUCAGCUGUUGACAGAGCUGAGCCAGGUAGAGGCAGAACUGAUGCUGAAGUCCUCCAGUCUAGCGGGGUCCUACACCACCAGUCUGUGCCUGUGUAUCGUGGCAGUACUCAGACGCUACCAUGCCUGUCUGCUGGUGGACCAACAAAGAUCUGUCACUGUGUUUGAAGGACUGUGCAGUGUAGUGAAACACGUGGGGAAUCCGUCAGAUUGUUCCUCCCCUGAGAGGUGCAUCCUGGCCUACCUGUACGACCUCUACACCUCCUCUUCACAUCUCAAGCAACGGUUUGGCGAUGUGUUUAGCUCAGCCUGCUCUAGAGUGAAGAAUACCGUUUUUGUCAGUAUCCAGCCGUCAGCGUCUAACCUCCUGUGGAACCCUGACUUCAUGUUAGACAUUGUGGAAAACCCCAGGAUAAACAUAUUACAACAGCCAAGAGAGCGAUUGUCGCUGGCCAAAAAGUUGAACGAGCACCCAGCCAACCGCUAUAGUUUUGUGUGCAAUGUGCUACUGAUCAUCUGUAAUGGACAAGACAUUAACAGGAUCAAUGAGAUUUCAGUUCUGUGCUCUGAGCUGACUGCGUUCUGUAACUCCCUGAGUUCAGAGUGGCUCGGUGUACUGAAAGCCCUCUGCUGUUCCUCUAACCAUGGAUGUGGCUUCAAUGACCUUCUCUGCAGUGUAGAUGUUGGAGACUUGUCCAUCCAUGACUCACUAGCGGUGUUCACAGCUAUCCUGAUUGCUCGACACUGCUUCAGUCUGGAGGACUUCGUCAAACAUGUGGCCAUCCCUGCACUCAUGGCAGCCUGCCCUUCUGCUGGAGGAGACCAGGAUGCGGAGCCAGGUGCGCGUCUGACCUGCCACCUGCUGCUGCACCUGUUCCGCCGCGGCUCGCCGGAGCCCGUGGACGCCAAGAAGCCCGGCCACCGCAACAUCUUCCACAUCAGGUCGUCCUGCGACCGCCACCUGCUGUAUGCUGCACACAACAGCAUGAGUGUGGGGGCCGUGCUGGCUGUACUCAAAGCCGUGCUGAUGCUUGGUGAUGCCGGCCACACCUCGGGAGGCCCAGGUAACAAUACAAACUCCUCAGGUGAGAUCAGCAUCUCCAGCCUCUUCGCCCCCAUCUCAGGACUAGACGACCUUGACCUCGACCUUGGGGGAGGGUCAGGGUCACGUGGGUCAGGUCACCUUGAGAAUGCCAGUCUCCAUGAGUAUGCCAAGUACUGUCUGCGCACCAUCUGUCAGCAGGAGUGGGUACAGGAGCGAUGUCUGCACGACCCAGAGGGGCUCUGUACAGCAGAACUCCUGCUGGACCCCAUGCUGUCACAGCAACAGGCCCAGAACCUGCUGCAGUUGAUCUGUUACCCAGAAGGCAUGCCAGGACUGCUGGAUGAUGAUGACAGUGGUGAUAAACAAAAACAAGUCAUCAGUCAAAUUCUACAGCGGCUUGACAAGUGGUGGCUGCGUGUGUCCUGGCUGGAACUUCAGGUCAUGAUAAAACAGUGUCCGCCUUCGGAGAUGAACAGUUUACUUGAUAAGAUAGCCCACUGCACCAUCGAAGUGUUCCAACGCCAGACAACACAAGGAGACAAGGGAGAGGCCAAGGAGGAUGUGGAGUGGCACAACAGCUGGCUGGUGGCCCCCCUGAUCUCCAAGAUGCCCAGCUCGGUGCAGGGGCGGGUGCUGCGUGCAGCUGGCCAGGUGCUGGAGAGCGGCAACAGCUGCUUUGCCAGGUCCAAGGCUGACAGGGAACGCCAAGCUCAGAAAACGCUGUCUCUGUUGAACCAGCAGCCCUUCCUGUCCGUGGUGCUGACCUGUCUGAAAGGACAGGAUGAACAGCGUGAGGGUCUGCUGUCCUCCCUACAGACACAGCUGACACAGCUGCUGCAGGCCAAAGAAAAGGAUGAACACUUCUUUGAGGAUGUGAAAAACAAGAAGAUGUUGGAGGAAUCCUUACAAUUAAGACUAAGCCUGUUGGGUGGAAUGUUUGACACAGUUCAGCGCAGCACCCAGCUGACUACAGACUGGGCCUUGUUACUGCUGCAGCUCAUCAGCUCAGGGACUGUGGACCCACAGAACAACAGUGCCCUGUUUACCACAGUGCUGGACAUGCUGUGUGUACUACUGAGUAGCACCAUGGCGUCAGAGUCACGGGACAGUAGUCCUAGCACUGGGGAUGAGAGAAGAAUAUACAUCAACCUUAUCAAGAAACUCAAGAAAGAGCUUGGUGACAAACACUCCCCAGGAGUGGACAAAGUGAGACAGCUGCUGCCACUGUCUAAACAGUUUACUGAUGUCAUCACCUGUGAGCCAAUGGGAAGCCUCAUAGACACAAAAGGCAACAAGAUUGCUGACUUCGACUCCAUUGACAAGAAGCAGGGACUCCAAGUUGCCAGCAAACAGAAGGUUUCAGGAUGGGACCUUCUGGAGGGACACAAGAACCCUGGUCCCCUGUCCUGGUCCUGGUUUGGAGCGGUCCGUAUGGAGAGGAAACCUCUGCUGUAUGAAGAGCAGCACCGACUGCUGCUGCACCACACUCACACCAGGAAGAAACCCAUGGAGUACUACCUGGAGCCUCCACCACUCCCCCCGGUGGAGGAGGAGGAAACUGCAGCUCCUGCUCAAGACCAAGGGAAGCAGACACCAGACCCGAUCAAGCAGCCGGAGCCCAAGCCGGCUCAGACGCCCAAGAAAGCCAAAGCAGCAGCGGCCAGGAAACGGAGACAGUCCAAGGCUGUCAACCAGUCCAACAGAGACCAGAGCCAUACGAGCACCUUAAUGAACCAGAUCCCACCGUAUGGGGAGCAGCAGCACAUGAUGCAGCCUAACUACUAUCUCCAACCCAACCCUCACCCGUCUUAUGGGUAUCAACAGCCACUACCACCAGGAGGUCCGAGAAUGGAGCAAAGGCCCAUGGGAAUGAUCAACCCAAAGGCGGCGUUGAGUUCGAUGUUGCGGGCGCGACAACCCGGGAACCACCCGGUCAACAACCAACAGUUACAGCUGCAACGGUGGCGUAACCAGCACCUGCGGCAGCGUCUGCAGGCACCUGCGCAGCAGAACCUGCAGCCAGGUGGCCAGGCAGGUGGCUCACAGCCGCCCAUGUACUCUCCGUACGACAAACAGCCAUCUCUCCACCACCUGCCGCAGCAGCAGGUACACAACCAACAGUCACAAAGAAAACCGGGUUACGGAGGGUACAGUGCCCAGCAUCAGCAGAUGUCCCAGGGGGUGAUGCCGGCCCCCCACCCCGAGCCAGCGGGCAGCAGCAUGAUCUCCCCUCCCUACAGCACCAGCUACAGCACCAGCCAGUCCGCAGGCAUGAUGGGCAACAUGGCCGUCUCGCAGCAGAACCAGUACAUGGCACAGGGAACAGGACCCUCCAUGACUCAGCCCACGCAUCAGGCCAUGAGCAUGGGGCAGCCUGGAAGGAAUACGAUGGGUGGUGGAGGCCCCAUGAUGUCUACUGACCCCAUGCAGCAGGCAAACAUGUACCCAGCACAGCAGCAACAACAGCAGCAAGCACAGCAACAGGCACAGCAGCAGGCGCAGCAGGCACGGCAGAGACAGCUUCAGCAGCAGCUGCAACAGGCGCAGCAGCAACAGCAGCAGCAGCAGAUGCAGCAGAGCCUGAUGCAGCAGAGUGUCAUGGGAGUGCAGAGGACAGCGCAACAGCAACAGACAGCUGCUCUGGUACAGCACCUCCAGAGACAGCUGUCUGGGAACCAGACAGCACCAGUACCGCCUCCGCAACAGCCUGCCAGACAGCACCAGCAAUUCCCUUCUGGACACCAGUAUUAGACAGCAUUGUACAGGGUACAGCACACUGUUAAGGAGAAAAAAGCUGCACUGGAAGAGCACACAACAUAGCUGGCCUAAGCAUGGUGCUUGUAUGUAGUUGCAAAAAGGGAGCUGAUAGUGCAUGCAAUAGUCUGUAACAAGAACUUGUACUGUGCAACACACAAUAUAGGCAACGACUUGUCUUACCCUGUCAGAGGGACCAAUCUGAAAUGUUGGAGUGAGUAAAAUGACAGUUUACUAAGACUUAAGAACUGGGCAGUACAGUCACACAAUGUAUACUCUACUGUUGUGGAUUCAGUGCAUCACUGAUAAAUGUUAAUGUUAACACUUGGAACAGGGAUCAGCUUGAACUUGUUUUUGGUCAAUUUAUUUUGGCAGAUUUGUGCUGUAUUUUCCUCUACUUUAUUUUUGCUCUUUGAAGUUGCAGCAAGAACUGUCAUUCUGUGUUCUGAAUAUUUUGUCUCUGUUGCUCUGUUAUAUUGUCCUAACUGUACAUUUUUAGGUACAUGUAAUGGAAUAUCUGCUAUCUCUUUAUCAACUACGAAAUAUCAGUGGAAAUGGUUAGUAUGAUUAGGCCCACUGGAGGAACAAGAUGCAAGACAUUUUGCACUGCUACUGAAAUGCAGACUCAGUUUUCAUUUUUUUUUUUAACAAAGUAGUUUUCCAGUCCACUGUAUCAAUGCUCACUACUGAAUUUUAACAGUUUCAGCCAAUUAAGUUGUUGCUACAUUGUUUAUGAAGGAUCACCAUACAGGGCAAGACAUGGAUGGAAUGUGUGUUCAGGACUAACGUCCUCUGGUUGAUCGAAAAUGAGGAAUUUUAAUUGUCAUUCAACAAGUCGUAUGAUAAACCUGCUUUAUAAAAUGCAUAUCACGCAUAGCAUACGGUUUCACCAAUGAAUGAAGUCAGCUACAGUGUUUGUAUUAUGCUCAUUUUUAACUUAAAAAGUGAUGUAACUUAUGUUGUACAUAUAUCUAUUACAGUAUCAUACUCUUGUACAUAGAAGUAUAGAGAUGCCUGGCUUAUAUGGCACAAUAAACCAUUCCUGU